AUGAAUUUCAAAAUUUAUCUUCAAUGGAUCUACAAGAAGAUAUCCAAUUAUAAUCUUUUCAUAGUAGAAGAAAAUGAUUAUGACGAUAACAACAUCAAAGAUCCAACUGUACUUCUUAAACAUCAAAAGUACAAAACUCGUUUGUAUGUUUUACUUCUUAUGGUAUGUCUUUACCUACUAUUCUAUGUUUCUCUUCUCAAUGUAAAAUCUAAAACGAUUCUUAUUUCCGGAGUGACGCUGAAGACAUUCAAUGAAUUAUAUUCUGAAUAUAAUCAAACACUUUCAUGUCCGUGUAGAAUAAGUACAAUUCCAUACAAAAAUUUUGUCUUCAUUAAUGUUACAAUACAUCCGGUCUGUUCAAGUAUUUUUAUCGAUAGUCAAUGGAUGGAUAGAUUAUAUCUGGAAAAUGCAAGUCUUUAUGGUGUGUGGGAUUUUCGAACAACAGCCUAUUAUCAGUUUCAACUUCUGUCAACAUUGUGCUCUUUUGCGAAGGACAAUAUUGUUCAAAUUCAAAACGAUAUUAACAAUACCGACUUUGUCAGCAUUGAAGUCAUUUAUGAAACGGAAGUUCAUCGACAAGUUAAGGAUCUGGUUGACUUUCGUAAAAAUCAAUUAUUUCAUCAGGCAAUGUCGUUUUUGAAUUAUUGGAAAACAAUAAGUCAAGAACACUACUUGGUUUCAGCACUCGGCACCAACUGGAUAGUCCAAAUCGUAGACAUCUUUGCUCCUGAGUUUGUGAUCGGAGGAAUGAAUGUGCAAACUUAUACCAAAGCGGGCAAAUCACGACCAUGCAGCAAAGUCAAUUCACUCAUUCCAGCUACUAUUGCUCCACCAUCAAAAGUGCCCAUCCGAUUCGAGCGUAGAUCUGAAAUGGAACGGAUGCCUAAUUCUGAAUUUAUCAAAGGGUUCUUCGCGGGAUGUACUCCUCUCGAAGCACUUCUCGAAAGUACUUUGGACUGUAUAUACGAUCAUAAAUGUAUUCAGUUAUUGUUACAUGCCUUCCCAAAACUAAAUCAAUUAAAUAUUUCUUGGUCCGAUUCGAUUUUACCAACAAAGAAUGAAAAUAUUUCGAUCAAUAAUUAUUUCAAAGCUCUUUUCAUUACGAAUUGGUCAUUAAACACAGAUUACCCAACAUAUUUCCAUCAAUGUUCGCCAUCUACAUGUACCUACACAAUGAAAGAUCAAAGAAAUUUAUCGUAUACGAUCACUCUUCUUAUUAGUCUUUACGGUGGUGUUAUAAUCAUUCUCCGUUUCGUUGCAUCAUGCACCAUCGAUCUGUUUAUCAAAUUGAAAUCUUAUUCAGAUAAGUCAAUCAGAAAUUCGAACGAACAACGAAGAAACAUGUUCGAACCUGUGCAGUUCAUAAAAGAGUUGAAUUUAUUCAAAAAUAUCCAUGAUCGAACAGAAAACAGUAUCAGACAGCAACGAAUCACCACGCGAGUAUAUUUGAUUUUAUUAUUUGGUUCGAUAUGUGCUCUCUGUCUAUUCGCAUCGCUGAGCAGUACAACAACGAUAGUAAUUGAACUAAAACCUUCAUUAUCAACUUUUCAAUCAUUAGAUGUCAAAUAUUCGACAGAACUUCAAUGUCCGUGUUCUAAGCAAGCGAUACCUCAUCGAUCAUUCAUCUCCUUCUUUCCAAUUCUUCAUCAAAUCUGCCGUAGUAUUUUCGUUCUUGACGAUUGGAUUACAAUGUUAAAAUAUCUUGCACACUGGGCAGCCAAUACCAGUUGGAACAUUUUAGCAUACACGCAGUUUGCAAUCUUGUCUGGUCUUUGUCAACAGGCUAAUGAAACAAUUAACGAUGCGAUUGAUCAAUAUCUUUUACAAUUCUUUAUCGCUUCUUCUGCUUUGAAUGAGACUAACUUUUAUCUACAAUUAAAUACGAGUCUUACUCAGUUAUAUCAAUCAACGUUUUACAACUUUGAUCUGCUGAAAGAUGUUGUACAUCUAAUUAUGCAAAUUGAUCAGCCGUAUGUGGGUGGUAUCACAUGGCCACUAGACAGACCAAAAUCUGGUCUGAUGUUGCAUACAGUAGUUAACGAAACAAACGGCCACACAUUUCAAGUGCAAUUUAUUUUGAAUGGAAUCAAAGAAAUGAGUUCAAAGCGGUUUAUCUGUGUUUGUGCUAUCAAUCCAAACUGUGCAGAUAUAGCACAUAUAUAUCAUUCUACCAGGAUGGGUAACAUCACGAAUGAUAUUUACAAUAUAUCUGGCUGGAUGCAAGGAUGCUUCACUUUUGAUUCUCUCCUACUUUCGACUUUACAACUUGUGUAUAUGAAUUCGGAUGACUUUCUGAAUUUCAUGAGCCAUAUACAACUAGGAGAAACUCGGUUCCACAAUGUAUCUUCAUCAUUGCGUCCACAACCUCUCUUCUAUGAUCCAAAAACGAGUCAUUAUCCUCCGAACACAUCCAUUUCUACAAUCAUUAAGAAACUAAUGAUCGAACAAUGGAAUCCUUCUCUAUCAUACGAACAGUUCUAUAAAUCGUGUGCACCCAAUUAUUGUUCUUAUCCUGAAAGAACUCGUAAUAAUGAUUUCAUUGGUGUAAUUAUAAUAUUGAUAUCCAUGAUGAGUAGUAUUGUCAUUGUAUUGAAACUCUUAACACCGCAUCUUGUUCAAGUCAUUUUCAAAUUACACGCUAGAUGUAGUAAAACGACAAGACAAACAGAACCAGUACAUCGUAGUAUUCUCGAUCGAUUGAAGACGUGGAUACGCAAUUUAAUUAAACUUCUACGAGCUACGUUAGUUACAUUGAAUAUCUUUCCAUUACGCGAUUUUGGAAGUUAUAUAGAUCGGGAAACGGCAAAGCGUUGCGGACGAUGGGCAACUCGUCUCUAUAUACUUUUACUCAUUGCCAGCCACACUAUUCUGAUAUUUUACACAAUAGUUCAACCAAGACCAUCACGAACAACUUAUCUCAAACCAGAUUUGUUUUAUUAUAAUCGUUUGAGGAAGAUCUAUGGCGAUCAAUUGAAAUGUUCCUGUUCACAAAUAGCAUCGACAUACGAUCGAUUCGUCAAAAUCGAAACGAUAUUCCAUUCGGUUUGUAGAAGUAAUUUCGUCUCUGAAGAAUGGCGCUUGGAUUUAGUGAAUGGACUUGUUCCUAAUUUUACCUUAUUUAAUCGAAGAGAUUAUCGUCGGUUUCUUCCAGCGCAUUUAUACUAUCUUCAAAAAUUAUGUAAUAUAUCUGAACAAUCGGUACAGCAUUCGAUCAAUGAAUUUUUAACCUCAUUAUUGAUCACUGUGGAACUUCUCCCCAAAAAUCAGUUCGACAUUCAUCUGAAUACGACUAUUGAGCAGAGUAAAUCCAGUGCUCCUAUAUUAGUCUCUCGUCUUUUGCCCUUCAUUCAAAGUCUCAGCCAUGGAAAUGCUUUGAUUUCAACUUACGAAACAAAUUUUGAAUACGUUCUUCCAGCGAAUAAAAUUUACAAUUCAUAUUUACCUACACAAGGUAUUGUGUAUGAUGAUCAAUGUUCAUGUGGAAAGUCUCCUACAUGUACAACUCAAGCAGUUUUCAUUGAAGGAAAUCGAGUAAGAAACUUUUCUGUCCAUGGCAUGAAGAUGGGAUGUACACCAAGUGAAUCAUUUCUUGCUUCAACUCUUCAAUGCUUUUAUAAUCAAUCAUGCCUUGAUCUCAUACAAACGCAUACAAACCACAAUUUCUCUAUAACACCUCUUCAGAUGUCAAACAGUAGUUUUUCACAAAACACAACCAUAGAUGAGCUGAAAAGGAAUUUAUUUAUUGAAAACUGGUCAACAGACGUGAAUUACUCUUCUUAUUAUGAACAAUGUUCACCUUCGAUAUGUUUUUAUAUCAGUGUUGAACGAUUCAAUAUCCUCUCUAUCAUUGCUGCCGUACUAGGUCUUCAAGGUGGUUUGUCGAUUGUUCUCAAAUGGAUCUGCCCGAAACUUAUACGAAUUGGAUUUUGGAUGUAUAACAAGCGAAAGAAUCCAGCGAACUCUAUUAGUACAACAGAUUCAGUUCCAGAUUCGUCUCAUGUCAACUCCAAUUCCGACGAAAAUAAGACAACACCAACGAAUUCAAUAUACCAUCGAUCAUUCAUCAAAGUCACAUUUACAAUUAUACUAUUACUAUGUAUAUCCGGAGGUUUUCUACUGUUUUCAGUACAAUAUAUUCGACGAGAGUCGUUGCCAACCGCAUCAAUAGAUAAUAGUUCCAAUUCAACAAUAAUGCCAAUGUCGUCGACUACAUCAGGUGAUUAUAACACAUAUCAUCUUUUGAUCUUUUCUAUUUCCUUACUUUCAGAACCAAUAUGUCUACCUAAAUUUAAUCGACUGUCAAUGAAUGUGCUAUGUCAAGGGCCACUAAGAGAUCUAGCUAUUGUUGUUGAUGUAAACAAUGACAGUCGAGUUGAUUUGAUUUUAUUAUGCACAGAGAGUGAUACGAUAAAUGUACUCCUCAGUAAUGGAGAUGGCACAUUUCAAACACCGAUCGUUUAUCUAUUUGAGCUUUUCGGAGUGGUAGACAUCCACGUUGGUGAUAUAAAUAAUGAUACCCGACCCGAUCUGGUUUUAGUCUAUGAGACUUCUGCGUUAAAUAUCGUCUCUAUAUUCGGGAAUGGUAAUGGAACAUUUCAAACACAACACAGGCAAUCAAUAAGUACGAACCAUCGCAUAUUUCAUAUUAUUUUAGCUGAUCUUAAUCAGGAUAAUCAGUUGGAUAUUAUACUGACAAGCGAUGGAGAAUAUAUUUAUAUAUACUUUGGAGAUGGUACUGGAAAUUUUUCGUUACAAUCGGAACUAUUCGUACGAAGGAGAAUUAUAUUUGGAAAAAUACUUCUUGCUAAGUUUAAUGGCGAUAAUUAUCUCGAUAUUGCUGUAAUGGAUCAUCACUCUGCUUUUAUGUAUGUAUUUUUUGGAAGUAAUCAAGGAAGUUUCCAUUUACAUCAAUGGUUCUUCACUUCAGUCAACGUUGAACAUUCUUGUAUUGUGCACGGUAACUUUCUUGGAGAUAAUCAAUCUGAUAUUGUAUUUCUCCGCUCUUGGACAAAUACUAUCUCCAUGUCAUAUCGAUACAGUAACGGUUCUUUUCGUGUACGUGAACAAAUUGUUUUAGAAUCAGAGUUAGGGUGUGGAUCAGCCGUUGUAUCUGAUUUAAAUGGUGACAAUUAUCUAGACAUCGUUGUUACGAGAUAUUUUCCAUAUAUGAUCUAUGGUUUUCUUGGAGACGGAAAUGGCAACUUUCGAGCACAUACUAUAUUUACACAUACUAUUUAUUUGAAUGAAUUUGACGGUGUUGCAUUUUGGAUUGAUGUAAAGGAUUUUAACAACGAUAAUUGUCAAGAUAUCAUCAGUAUGACUGAGCGACUUAAAACCAUAGAUAUUUUUCUGAAUACGUGUCAUUGCUUUACUUGA